CAAAAAAAGACAAGUAGAAUAUUUUGAUAAAGAGUUUUAAUUUAAACGUAAACUAAAUUGCUUAAAUUUUACGUUCUUUUAUUAUUGCAUAAUUGUUCACGGUAGAUAAACAGACAUAAAUAAAAGGAUGUUGUAACUGAUGGUUUAUGUACAAUAACCUGGUUUCGCACCUUGCUUUUACGCAACAUUUGCAGAAGGUUAAAACGUAAUCUUUGACACAGUAAAGCUUUAUAUUUAUGUACAAGAUAACUUGUAAAUCGUAACAAAAUCAACAAUGCCAAACAAAUGAUCAAACAAUAUCAAGUAAAGCUUAUUCUGUUCUCUUUUCUGUUUGCAUGCUCGCGAGGAAGAUACGAAUAUUCAACGUUUAUUUAUAUGACAUAUGUCGCAGAGGUCUUAAGGGACAUACAAAUUGCAAUUGCUUAAUGGUUGCCGAAGGUUGCAAUUUAAAUUUUAGAAUUGUGUAAGCAGAAUAUGGUUUUUAAUCGCAGGUGUACAUCCAACAAGAGGAUACAUCUGCCUGUGAACAUUAUCCUCGAAUAGAUCACUUUCCAUUUCCUAAGCAGUACAAUGUUAAAGCAAUGUUCGUUAAAGGUCGAGUACACGCAGAAUAAACGAGACAUGCAUUAUGAGCAUUUUAUCACUCAUUCUAAUACAGCCGCCUUCUAUAAAACAUGGACGGUUUUUAAUUUCAGCGAUCUGUUUCGUACGUAACGUCAUGUCGUUGUUAUACAAUUUUUUGCUACUACAGUUACUGAUUUUGUGCCAUGUGUUUGUUCUGGCAAAAAAAAAAUUUGACAGUAAACCAGAGAUUAAACUUGGAACACCAGAAUUGAUAAAAAGAGACGGUUACCCGAUCGAGGUUCAUAAAGUGAUUACUGAAGAUGGAUAUAUUUUGGAAAUUCAUAGAAUUCCACAUGGAAAAAAUAAUUAUAAAUCGAACUUGACAACUUCAAAAUCUCCGAUUUUAAUUCAACAUGGAUUAGCGAGUAGCUCUGCCGAUUGGAUUCUUAUGGGGCCGAACGAGGCGUUAGGGUACAUAUUAGCAGACGCAGGAUAUGACGUAUGGCUUGGAAAUAAUAGAGGAAAUAUCUAUUCAAAAAAUCAUAUUUCAAUGGCGCCGAGUAAUCGACGAUUUUGGGAUUUUAGUUACCAUGAACUCGGUGUUUACGAUCUUCCUGCAAUGAUUGAUUAUGUAUUAAAUUGCACAAAGCGGGAGAAACUCUUCUAUAUCGGUCAUUCUCAAGGAACGACACAAUUUUGGGUGAUGAUGUCGCAAAAGCCUACCUAUAACGCUAAAAUUCAAUUAAUGGUCGGACUUGCACCUGCAGCAUUUACCGGUAAUAUACGCGGGCCGAUUACAAAACUUGCAAGAUUAACUUAUAUGGGUGUGUGGAUUGGUGAAGCGUUCGGCUAUCCGGAAGUACGGUCACGUUCGGUUUGGGAAAAAUUCGUAUCAAAUACACUAUGUCAGAACGCAACGUCGCAAUUCUUUUGCAACAACUUUUUAUUUAUAGUGACUGGUUUAAGUCAAACAAAUUUGAGCACGGCAAAUUUAACAAUGAUCAUGAACCAUAUUCCGGCGGGUGCUUCUUGGAAACAGGUAGUUCAUUUUGGUCAAGGAUACAUACAUCCCAAUCAUUUUAGACAAUUUGAUUAUGACAAUGAGCAGAAAAAUAAACGAAUAUACAAUUCCUCAAUACCCCCGGAAUACGAAUUGAACAAAGUAAUUGCGCCAGUUGCACUUUUCAGUAGCGACGGUGACCGGCUUGCGACACCAGAGGAUACUGUUCUUCUUAAGGAAAAACUGGGUAAUGUGGUGUUCCAUAAAGAAAUAUUUAUGGACUCCUUCACUCAUUAUAACUUUAUAUGGGGUAAGGCUUCCAUAACAACAGUGUUUGAACCUAUAUUAGGAUUAUUGGCACAGUAUAAAUAAACAAACAUAUUACAUCGUAAACAAAUAUGUUACAUAUUACAAUGGUGCAAGGUUGAAAAAAUCAAUUAAGAAUAACAUAAAAGAUUUUAUGUACAUAUUCAGAAAUACAUUUAUAUGAAUAUAGAUAAUAAUAUUGAAAUGGCAAAUAAAAACAAAAAUAAAAAACAACUUCUGUUAGAAUUUUCUUCAUGAACUUAAUUUUCCAAUGCUUUUUUUAAAUAAUAUUAUACAAGCUACCUCGCAAAGAGUUUUUCUAAUACUAUUU